ACUCAAUCCAAUGGCUCCGGCUGUGCACCCUUCUUCAUCAUCUUGUCUUACAAGUGAAGCAGACGAGAAGUACGCAAAUGUUAACUGGGAAGAGCUUGGAUUCACUCUGAUUCCAACAGAUUAUAUGUAUGUGGCGAAAUGCAAACAAGGAGAGAGCUUUUCAGAAGGGAAGAUUGUCCCUUACGGGGACAUUUCAAUAAGCCCUAGUGCUGGGAUUCUCAACUAUGGCCAGGGACUAUUUGAAGGUCUCAAGGCUUACAGGACACAAAUGGGACGGAUUACACUCUUUAGGCCUGAACAAAACGCUCUUCGUAUGCAAAUGGGUGCGGAUAGGCUUUGUAUGACACCUCCUUCCGUUGACCAGUUCGUAGAUGCAGUUAAGCAAACUGUGAUUGCCAACAAGAAAUGGGUUCCUCCUUCGGGUAAAGGAGCUUUGUACAUUAGGCCUCUACUCAUAGGGAGUGGUGCGGUCCUUGGAAUAGCUUCAGCACCUGAAUUUACAUUCCUUGUUUACGUAUCUCCCGUUGGAAACUACCACAAGGUCAGCUCAGGCUUGAACCUCAAAGUUGAUCAUACGUAUAGACGUGCCCAUACCGGUGGAACUGGCGGUGUAAAGAGCUGCACAAACUAUUCUCCAGUUGUGAAAUCGUUGCGUGAAGCUAAGUCAGCGGGUUUCUCUGAUGUUUUGUUUCUGGAUGCGGCAACUGGUAGAAACAUCGAAGAGGUUUCUACUUGUAACAUCUUCAUUGUCAAGGGAAAUAUUGUGUCUACUCCACCAACUUCAGGAACCAUUUUACCAGGAAUCACAAGGAAAAGCAUAAGCGAACUUGCGCGUGAUAUCGGCUACCGGGUUCAAGAACGUGAUGUUUCUGUGGAUGAGCUAUUAGAGGCGGAAGAAGUAUUCUGUACAGGAACUGCAGUGGUCGUUAGAGCUGUUGAAAGUGUGACCUUUUAUGAUACAAAGAUAAAAUACAUAACAGGAGAAAAAGCAUUGUCUACGAAGCUUCACGUCAUGUUAACCAAUAUUCAAAUGGGCGUUGUUGAAGAUACGAAGGGUUGGAUGGUGGAGAUCAAUGAUACUAUUGGAUAGAUUCGUAUCCUAAUUAAAAAUAAAAUAAAAGUUGGGGAAAAGAAGAACACGGAAUAAAGGAAUCAAACAAUAAAAAAAUGGAAAGCGUGGAAGAAUGUGAAAAAGAGUUUGCUGUAUUUUAAAUAGAAAUCAUUCUGUAAAAAAAGCACUUGUUUUAAGAGUUUAAAUCAUCUCGACAAGAAAAAAAAAGAGUUUUAAUCAUCAAUAA